CGGGCUGAGCGCCCUCGCUCGCUCGCUCCCUCCCGGUGGCGUAAUUUCCCCGCGGGUCUGCCUCUCCUUCGCUCCGCCGCCGUUCGGGGCGUGUCCGGAGAAUGGCCUCGGAGAUAGAGUCGUCGCUGGAGGCGAGCUUCACGUCCAGCGGAGCGCUGUCAGGGUCCUCGGUGUUUCUGCCGCCGGCGCGCUCCCGCAUCUUCAAGAUCAUCGUGAUCGGUGACUCCAACGUGGGCAAGACGUGCCUGACCUACCGCUUCUGUGCCGGCCGCUUCCCCGACCGCACCGAGGCUACCAUCGGGGUGGAUUUCCGAGAACGAGCGGUGGAGAUCGAUGGGGAGCGCAUCAAGGCAGAUUCUGCCUUGCUGAGGUCCCAGGUGGUGCAGAUGCAGCCAGCCCGUGGACCACACUUUGAGUAGUAAGAGUGUAGGGGGCAUCCACUGACUAAUUGUCAGUGUCCCAUGUGCUGGGAACCAGUGAAGUCAGACCAAAGGAAUGUCUCCAGCAUGGAAAAUUCAUUAAAUAAAUAUGAUUUAUUAAACAGUCA